ACAAUGGCUGAAUACUGAGCGAAUAUCUUCUUUCUCGCAGAUUGCGGAUUAUGUGUGAAAUAAGUGAAAAUCGUCAGUGCAAACGGUAUCAUAUUUAUCUAUUAGUGCAGUUUUCCCGUAGUUCGAUCUUCGGUGUCUUAAAAAAACAUUAAAUUCUAAGCGAUGUGAUCAAGUCGAAGUGCAAAAAUCUAAUUAAAAAAAUAUAACGUUUUCUGUGGUUCUCGAUUCCCACGAUAUGGUUCACGAACGCAAAAUAUCAAUUUUCCUCUUCCUGAUUGUGUAAAUUUACUACGGUGUGAGUGGAAGCGCAGUGUUUUGACUUUUUGACGUGCGAGUAUAAUCUUCUUCGUCGAGGAAAGGUGACAAACGAAACUGACUCGGUUUUCAAAAGCAUUUCGAUUUACCUGAACCUAUCUUGCUUCUAUAAUUGUUGAUCAACACAAAAAACGGCCCAUAGUAGGAUCCCAGCGCAGUGCGAGAUCUUCUGUUGCCGUCCUGUAGAGAUGCGCUUUCCAGGAGAGGACAAACCAGUUCUGUGCUAAGAAAAGAGAGCGAGAGCAAGGAAGAAACGUACCAAGCAGGUGUAUAAUAUUCGACAACGAAAGAGAGAUAUCAGGUUCCGUUCGUGACACAGCAUAAGGCAACCCGCGUGAGUGACGUGAAAAAUUGUUGUGUAAGUUCCGAAGUGAAAAGCGGAAGCAAAAUCUGUUACGGAAACCUACGGCACUACUUCCAAGUCGCACUGGCAGCUUCCCGCAGCAACCCUCGCAGCUGCUGCAUUCGAUGGUUUCUAGUGUUAGCAUAGCAUUGGCAGCAAAAUGAUGACGAGUCACGGCUACGAUGCACUGUAGGACGUUCGGUGGUGGAUUGGAAAAAAAACUGCUAUUUUUAAAGUCGUCGGACACAUCGGACGGUCGUGUUCAGAAGUCGCAGUGAAAAAUAUGUCAUUCCAAAUUUAAAGAUAGUUUGUGUGUGGAAUGUUUCCUUCCUAGAAAAUGAGGAAAGUCUAAGGUGUUUACGUGAGAGAAUAAGUUUUUAAACUCUUCAUUGGCGUAUCCUUCCCCCAGUAGAACACCAUUCCUAUAUUCGCGAGUUGAGGGGUCAGAACUAGACCGCGAAGUAAAAAGAAGCUCUUCUCGAAGUUGUGUUUUAUCGUUAUUUCGGUAGUCGACCCAAGAGUCAAAAUAAAAAAACCAAUUAUUGAAAAUCAUUUCGCAGCAAUCCAGAUGAAGAGUGUGGUUUGCUUGAAUAGCUUGAAGAUUCUUCUACUACAAAUGUAACGAUCCCAUUGCUUACAGGAAAAUGCGAGUGUGUGUUGAUAUCAAAAUUCAAUUAUCUUGAAAGUGUACUUAGAUCGUAGCUGGAAACGAAACAUAAAGUGCUCCGUUAUCCCCUAUAUAAAAGUGAAUUGUUAUAUAAGAGUGUUAUUUUUGGUGAUUUGUCCAGUUCCAGUAGGACGACCAGCAGCAGCAAUUGAAGGCUGUUGGUCACAAACAUAGCAGUUCCUAAUACCUGGUUCAGGUGGGGCUUUGAACUAUACUCGACCCGUUACAAUUCUACUUUUGCUGAGUGAUUCAAGUAACUAGAAAAGGCCGUCAAACUGGAGCGACUUCCAGAAUAUCUGCGUGACACCGUGGACUGGUUUAUGGGAAAAGCCCGACGCAAGGAACGAGACGGAGACUCGAGCCAGAGUGACACAAAGCUAUAUCUUGAGGAGGGAGUGCUGGAGCGCAAAUUGCCCGAUGCAGAUCUGAGGUUAUUGGUGGACCUGCCCGCUGGAUUAGACUAUAAUGAAUGGCUUGCCUCGCAUACACUGGCGCUUUUCGAACAUGUCAACCUAGUAUACGGAACAAUUAGCGAAUUUUGCACUACAUCCGGCUGCCCCGACAUGACCGGACCAGGAACUAGAAUGUAUCUGUGGUUCGAUGAGAAGGGUAAGAAGACGCGUGUCGCGGCACCCCAGUAUAUCGACUAUGUGAUGACGUUCACGCAGAAAACCGUCAGCGACGAGUCGAUAUUUCCCACCAAAUAUGCCAAUGAGUUUCCUAGUUCGUUCGAGAGUAUUGCUAGAAAAAUUUUACGUUUACUGUUCCAUGUGAUCGCGCACCUGUACGCUGCGCACUUCCGCGAGGUGGCACUGCUGGGACUGCACGCCCAUUUAAACCUCACCUUCGCCCAUCUGACAGCGUUGCAUAGGCGUUUCAAUUUAAUAGAACCCAAAGAAACCGAAGUUUUACGUGAUCUAGAAAUCGCUUUACGCUUGACCGACGAUCCAGUACCUGCGUCCGUCGGUGGCAGCACCCAGCAAUCCAGUGUGGGAUCGGAUAGUGCAUCUGUAUCAGCGACAUCCACGUCCACAGCCUCAACCGGUGGAAGUACGUCGGGGACAGUGACAGGAGGUGGACUAGUCGCAGUGACGGCGGGGGGUUCCUGUGUGGAGAACAAUAAUAGCAGCAGUAGUGAUAGUGGCGUUGCAAUGAUGCAUUCGUUGAUAGAUGGCGAUGCGACGGCACAGCCAAUCUGCAAACAACCGCUAGAAUCGGGCAAUGUAAAUAAUAGUCAUAAUGCUACUAGUAGUAGAGAACAAAUGAUGCAGACGUGUGGUCCCGGCCUAGGGGUUGGCGGUGGUGGUGGCAGUGGUAGCAGUACCGGAAGUGUCGGUGUGAUCGGUUGUGGUGUAGGCUACAGUACCGGUAUCACCAGCAGCGGCGCCAGUAACAGCACCCAGCAGACCUCCAAUCCACAGACAACGGCAUAGUGGAUACGUUGGACAGCUAGUGUGGGUGUCGGAGCUGGUACCAUUUUCCUGCUGGGCGGGGCUGCGUGUUGUGGAGCUUUUCAGCUUCAAACCAAUCUCUGACCAAAAUGUGAUUUAUUCCCUAGCAAAGCAAAAGGAGACAAAAACAAAGUAUAAUGCAAACAGAAACCCGAAGAAUGCUUAAUUCUUAGAACAACCUCUAGUUCACAGCAAAACAAAAGAAGCAAAGCUGGUUAUAACAAAAGCGAAGACUUUUUUCGAUAUCCAACAAUUAGGAUUGUUUCUACAAUCAAGAUCUACAAUACACCAACACAUACACACUUACAAAGAUUGGCUAGCACACAUAGAGCAAACAAUAGCCACUAUCAAAACAGACAGGAAAUAGAAUCAAGUGUUAACUCCUUCGAAUUACUUGGCUAAGUUGAUAGAAUUCAUGUUGUGUUUAGAUAAGUUGAAAUCUUAGGUAGGUUCGGGCAGGCACUGUUAUCCGCACGAAAUCGCGACUAGUUGCUGCCAUUGUUGAUAGAAUGAAAUUCAAUCGAACAUCGCAGGGAAAAGAAAUACAAACAGUCACUAUUAGGUACAUUGUUUGCAUCCAACGGCAACUAAUCGCUACUUACUACUACACAAUUUAUAGAUAGACUAACGACGAUCGAUACGUAAGUGCGGUGAAGCAGUACGUUCUUGUGUUCUGGUGCGUGCGGAAGAGAUCAACCCAGCUCGGACAGUCACAGUGCAACACAAAUACUAAAAGUAAAACAACCGCAGUAGAGCCUUUUCUUCUCUUUUGAUAGAAUUAUGAUUGUGAUUCAGUAGCUAUGGUUUACUUUUACUGCUAUUAUUACUUUUAAAUUAAAAACUAUUGUUGUUUUUAUUAGUUAGGUGCGGAUUUCAUGUUUCCUUUGCUUGUGGAUUCUUUUCUGGAGCAGAAGAAUUGCUACAAUCAAUCCUUCUGAGAUGUGCAGUGUAUACGUAACUUGAGCUGUGAUUAUCUUGAAGUUACCGGUUUGCUAUGACAUAUAAAUUUGCGGAUUUCCGAGCGCCUGUUUGACACAGUGGUAUGACGUUCCAUACUGACGUGCUUGAACUGUCGUUUGUGGUGAAAGUUUAAGGAUUUAAAAUGAUUUGCAAAUGUGAACGGGUGAAAACCAUCAGCUGGCCUCCCUUGUACUGUAAUAUUCAACAAUAAUAUAAUAAAAAUAUUGUUCAAAAAUGGUGAAAAGGUCCCUCAGUUUCUGUACCCUCACCUCACUAAGCACAAGCAGAAAAGAUUCAAUCAGCAUUAACAAAGAAUCCGCCCAAAAUGAAAAUGUUUCAUUUGAUUAGUUUUAAUAAAGUCUAAUUUGUGGAAAACGGGCUAAAACCUCAAACAAAUCAGACCAGGACUAAAAACAACAAACUCCUACGACAAAAAGUGAUAUUCUCGAUUUAAUAAUGCCUUCGCUUAGUAGUGUAUAUUUACAAAAUCUUUCUCUAAUCUAUUUCUAUUUAUUACACGAAUUUUUCAUCGUGAUAUGAAAGCUAUUUGUUUCAUUGCUUUUCACUUUGGUGUUCUUUUGAUUCUAUUAAUUCUGUUCCACUUCACUUCUGAUAAACAAUUUUUAAAAUUCUUGUUCACAACGAACAUGUAUAUGCUUAUGUUUUGCUUUAUAACUAGUUUUGUAGAGCAUUGGAAAACUAAAUUGUCAAAAAUUUGAAAAAAUGUCACUAGCAGCCAAUAAAGAAACAGAACGAAACGAAAUAAACUAUCAUACUGCGUAAUAAAGCAAAAUAAAAACAAAAACAAACGCCAACAUACAAAAACACACACACACUUAGAAGCAAGCACUGUUUGCUAAACCAGAACAAACGAGUAAAACCUUUAGAAACCUUAAUGAAUAAAUAGUAAACUUAAUAAAAAAUACUAAUAUAAUGAAAUGAUGAAACUGUUGCUGCAAUUGAUACAUUAAAGAAAAAAUAGGCAAGUAGAGGAAACAGAGAGAGAAAAAAACAUGAGGUCUAUAUAUUUAAUAAAAAAAAAAGAAAAAUAAAAAUAAAGGAAAAAUAUAUUAACAUAUACUCGUUGUUGUUGGCUAUGCCAUUACAUUGAAAGAAACUAGAUUUUCUAGCAGUAAGCAAAUCGAAACAACAAAAAAAGCAGAAACUUUAAUGAGCAUACUAGAAUGUAACUAAGAGACAAAAACCACAGUGCGAUUGAUUGCUGUUUGAUUGCAAAUAACAUUUGCGAAUCCGAAAUAUUAUUAUUUUUUAAGACAUUCAUUAAAAUUUCUGUUUUUCCUUUAGUAGCCUUGAUUCGUACUGCUUCUGUUAUACUUUUGAGUUCUCUUCAUCGGAACCUCACUACAAUUAUAUAGUUAAUCUGUUCGCCUAGAUUAAAUAUGUUUACAAUUAGUGUUUUAUCAGAUUAUCAUUAGAAGCAACAACAUCAUCACCAUUAUCAUUAUCAUCGUCAUCAACGUCGUCGUCGCCGUCAUCAUAGUCUUCACCAUUCAUCUGGUCUUCUGUUGGCUUCAGUUUGCCUUAAUCGGACUGCAACAAGAUAUGCAUCAACCACAAAUAUCAGUUGUAAAAGAGCACAUAUGAGACAAUAUAAUAUAAUCAGUUAUAAGUUUAGAACAAUUGUCGAAAUAACAUAAUCAGCAGGCGUUUCGCCAGGCCCAGUCAAGUCAUUUGAUUUAACAGACUGGAAUAGUUGAAUGGGAUAAAAAAAUCGAUUGAAAAUUCAACCGUCGCUUGAAAUUGCAAGUGAAAAGCAACUCGAUUGAUUUGAUAUGCCUAUCGACCAGAAAAGUUGAUCAGUUUCAAUGUAAUGAAACUGAAAGUACUCAUAUGUGAUAACUCAAACAGAGUUUGAUUUGUUAUGUACAAACAAACACAAACCAUAUAACACAGAAUAACUGAAAACAGAAAUCAAGUUAAUUAUCUAUAUUUAUUCGUUCAAUCGAGGCAGAAUAAAUACAUUGAACUGCGGAAUCGAGUAUGCGAUUAAAAUAACCCAAACAAGGAUUUAAAAGUAUUGAAAAUUCAGAUAAACGAAUAGGUAAAAAUAGAAAGUUCGAACUUUGCAUAGCCGUGAUUUAAAAGAAUUGAAAAUUCAUCUAAACGAAUAGGUAAAAAUAGAAAGUUCGAACUUUGCAUAGUCGAGAUUAAUGAUGAAGAAAAAACUGUACAUAUUAAAAAGAGCGUAAUGUUAUGCUGAUUGAAAAAAGUGGCCUUUAGAAGAAAUAAUUGUCUAUUGCGUCCCGCAACUUUCCCGUUAAAAACACACACAUACACAAGCACAUACAGAGAGGAUUAUAAAUUUAUGUUACGCUUACUGUGAAACCUUCCGCGCAUUUCGGUGCUAAUUAGUAAGCAUUCGUGAUUGUAAACAAAUCUAUUGCUGUUUACAAUAGUUGCAAAAUACUAUGAACACUGUUUUUAUGUUUCAGAAGCAGCUGGAUAUGGUCGUAAAAAGUUUGCCAUUUUUUCGGGUUAAGUCAAAGCACAAUGCACAACAUCACCAUUAGAUCGAAUAAUUUGAUUCUUAAUACUUUUUACUUUUGAUGGUGAGACCACGGAAUGAGAUCUUUCAUUGAAUUGAUAACACUUCGUGUUUGUAUCUAUACCAUGUCAGUCAUGUCCUGCAACUUCACUUUUCGAUUUUUCAUGACGAUGGAAUGAACUGUUGAGAUGAUUUCCGGAACAACAGAGUUAGUUGAAUAAUGCUCAUCAAUCCAUUCCUUUGCUUGCACAGUAUUUUUUUACAUUUGAGAACAAAAAUUCAUUUAUUUCAAAUUUUUCAAAAGUAUAGUCACUGAAAGCACAAUAACUAACACACUGAUGCACCGUAUAUACAAUUUCUGGGUGUCUCUUUUGAACGCUAGAGAAAUUUUUAAUUAGUGACGCCCAGAGCUUAAAAUUGUUACGCAUUCUCAAUGAAAGAAUCCAAUCCAACAGCCUCAUUUUCAAUAUUUUACUUUCCCAUUCCUAAAUGACCGACACCAGAACAAACAAAACGAGACGAAGCAUUUUCGUUUUUCAUUGAAAAAAUAUGAGAGAAUAAUUGCCACUCUUUCCUCUAUGACAAGACGAAACCGAACUAACGUCUUCAGGGAGCAUCAGCAGAAUUUCAAUUCUCAUUCUUUCAUCGAUGUAUUGAAAAUCUGUGACGCUUAGCUAUAAAUAGUGACUAAAAUAUGACAAAUCGAAGUAAUUACAUCCCAGAACCUUUUUGAAAACCAAAACUACUACAAAUUCGAGCACCAACAGGUAAAAGUUAUUGUGAAAACUUUUCUGUCAUUUUCGAUUUUCACAGCUUCGGUUGAAUAUCGACACUGCAUACUAUGAGAUUUUCAAUGAAAACUGCAAAUGACUGAAAGAAAUAACACAAUCUUGAAACUACUCUCCCGCUUAUGUCAUUGACUGGACAUGGAUUUCGUUCUCAUAGUUUGCAAGCGAAGCUGAGAGUGAUAGUAAUUUCUCGUCAUUUUUGUCUAUUUUAAGUCAAUGAAAAUGACUUUUAUUAGCUCUGGUGACGUCAUCUGUAUGUCAGAUUGAGGGCUGGUACAUGAAAGAAUAUAACAAUGUUUAAUUGUAAGUGUAUGUUUCAUUUAUAAUUUUAAUAUCCCAUCACUUUAUUUAUCGCAGAAUUUUUACUCGUUUGAAUUUCAUGCGUUUUCGGAAAUAAUAUUUCAAGAAAUAUAUUGUUCUACAAGUAAAUUUUUGUUUGCACAGAUUAUCUGCAGAUUCUGCAUCGCAGUAAUAGAAAGGGGAGCGGAUCUGCGUUCGUUAACGUCAUACUCUGUUUGGAAGCUGAUGAGACAUCUUCUGUUGUGAUACUACCAAUGCAAUGAAUCCGAUCAGAUACUACAAGAAUUUUCCGAGAGUGAUGUAGAAGUUUGGAUUAUCCAUUUUCAAAUAUAGAAAUUAGGAUUAGUCGUUUAACCGAAGUUAAGUUAACAUUAAUAAUAAGAAUGAUACUACUCGAAUGAUGUUUUAACGCCAUUUAUUUCUACUAUGUUCACGUCACUAUACACAACAACACUUUGAAGAUACGUAUUUCGAAUACUUUAUGUAUUCAUCAUAAGUUACAUCAAUUUUCCCGAGUAAAAGUAGGGUGGCUCCUGAAAAAUAACUUUUUGUAAACUAACUUUUUUAUGAAACGUUCUACAGAAAAGUUGUCUUCAGAAGAGUUAUUGAACUAAUUAUUGCGCACAAUUUUGUUCAACCAAGUUUUUUUCAUAUGAGCUACCAGUAAAAAGUUAUGAUUGCUUUUUCACCAAAAACUAAUCAAGCUUCAAAUAUCAAUAUUUAUUAGAUCGAUAAAAAUGUAUCCUAUGCAGUUCCUGAAAGGUCAUAAUAUAAGUAAAAACUGUAAGGGUGUUAUUUUUUUAAACUUAUUUGAAUUAGUCUUAAAAAUACCUUUAAAAAUCUCAAAAAUAUUGCAUAAUUCUUAAACGCCUUAACGUAUCAACAUACUUUAUUCAGCAAAAUAAUAGUAUCGAAUUAGUUCUACAAAUGUUCCAUACACUGUCCUUUCGAGAAAUGAGACACACAAAAACUACAGCCGAAAAUUGAUUGCAGAACAAUUUUAAUUAAUUUAUUACCAACAUAACUACUUCAAUUGAGUUUGAGCAACUGAGGAUGGUUAUUCCGAACUAGUUGGCCAUGAUAAAUCUAUGAACAGAAAUUUUCAUGACCUCGACUACAAUUCCAACAAGCUGGUGCAAGUUAGUAAUAUGCAAAUAUUUUUGUCCACAUCGUGCCAAGACGCCUAUGACACUGGCCCUUCUUUCUCAUCCACUUGUGUACCGAAUAGCCUGUAAAAACCGGAAAACGACGCACAAUGAGUUUUGGUUCUACUCAUUUUGACAAACUAAUGAUUUUCUUGGGUUUCAGGAAGUGCUUCGUCUUACAAAAAAUCUAUUUUAGGCUGUAGUUUUUGUAUUUGAAGCUUGACUAGUUUUUGAUGAAAAAACAAUCAUAACUUUUUACUGGUAGCUCAUAUGAAAAAGUUUGGUUGAGCAAAAUUGUGCGCAAUAAUUAGUUCAUUAACUCUUCUGAAGACAACUUUUCUGUAGAACGUUUCAUAAAAAAGUUAGUAUACAAAAAGUGAUUUUUCAGGAGCCACCCUACUUUUACUCGGGAAAAUUUAUGUAACUCGAUCAAAUGAAAAGCUAGAGAGGUGCUUUUUCAGCAAAGUUGCUCAAAAUAAAAUUUCCUACAACUUUAUUGUACAACAAAAUCAUUUUUGAGUUCAAUAAAGGAAGUUAGAUUCCAGAUUUCAAUCUAAAUGAGGACCACCCUAGUAACUUUUUUCAUCAAAAAGAGCGCCAUUUGAUCACACCUUUGUGAAGACACCAACUACAAAAAACUAAUAUUUAAUAGUGAAAAUAUUUUUGUCACGCUAAUUUCCCGUUUCGAACCAUAGUGCAAUGUAAUCCAUAUCGACGCUCGACAUGCUGCCAUCAAUGAUUUACAAUAUCCUGGAUUGGUAUGCUCUAUUUUAUAAACGAAAUUUCCGAGUUACAGGAAAUUCCGACAUUGUCCUUCUCUACUAUAUGUCUUGCACUAAUCAGCACAUUUCCCAUUGAUAGAUAGAAAUUUCAAUUUUUUAUGAUCUAAUCUUUCCACUCAGGCAGAGCAAUGCGCUUCUCCUGAGCAGCUUUUGAUAAUUAGAUUCCAAAAUUUAUUUUAAAUUUUGGAAUUGCAGAUAUUGUCAGUAUCAUGUGUAGCCUUAUAUUAGUAAAUAUAUUGCAUGAUGUGAUAUGCCGAAAGUUUUUAUGAAAAUCUUCCUUCUACUUACGAGUCAUUUUCCUCCGUUACGAUAGAGGUAGUUAGAAGUGGGCGGAUUGAAAGAUUUUCGUUUAAUAUUUGUUGUUCGUACCGCUCCACCACAGUUUUGUUGAAGUUGAAAAUCGGACCAGAAUAACAAAAUUGUCACUUGAGUCAUCUAGUACUAAAAAAAGGUGCCCACAUUUUGUUCUCUCUCUCUCACUCACUUUCUCUGUGAUGGUACUACUAAUUUAUGAAUAGGAGGCUGCAGACGGUUUUUAUGAAAACAAGUUGACAAUUGAAAGUCACCAAGUAUGUUUUUAAAUUUCAAACAAAAAUUACAGGGCAUCAUAACGACACAUGAGUACAUUCUUUAUGCGAAUAUGCCAACCGUGGUGGUUAUUAAAUUUUUUUUCGAGACAAAAGAAACAUCGGCAAACAAUUUACACCAUAAGGUUUUGCUCUAAUUCGAUUGAAAUUAAAGCUAAUAAAACCGUUGAAGCGAAAUCACUCAAAACACAAAAAUCAGAGAAAAUUUACAUACAACACCAUUGAUCAGAUCACACAGUUUGAUUUAAAAAAGUAUAGUUUCCGACACAGUAGUGCAGUUAGUCGAAAAUUAAUGAAUAAUUUGCAACUUUUUUCAUCGUUACAAUACAGUUUGUUAUGUAGAUAAUCUUUUAAAUUAUUCUAUAAAACUGAAUCUUAAACUUACCAUUUAAAAUUGAAAAGUUUCAUCUACAAGCUAGAUGAAAAGAAAUUAGUGUAAGCACUAAAAAAAUCAACUCGUACUAUUCAUGUUUGCACGAAACAUUUUCAAACCGGAACGUCUAAUAAAUGUACGACCCACAGAAACCCAAUUUGUGAACCCACAACAAUCUUGUACAUAAAAAUGUAGCGUAUAUUCAGAGAACAAAGAUCGUCCACUGCGACAGAAAAUUCCCUGUAGAAAAAUGAAUAUUCUUAUCAUUUGAAGUAGCGAUCAUGCAAAUGUUAUUACCAGACGGUGUCUAAACAUCUGUCGAUUACAGAGUAAAAUAAAGACCUAUGAAUAUGUUGAAAACAUUACCGAACUAACACUUAUGGUUAAUUGUGGUAGAACGCUAUCAAGUAGACGCUUACCUCAAUCUAGAGAGAAGUGACGAAGAACCGUACUAUUUGGUUUACAGAUUUAAUGUAGAGACUGGACUAAACACACUAUAAAUAAGUAAUUGAAGACCUAGAUUUUUUUCAUGUUAUCAAUUCAGACAUAAACUGGAUACAACUAAGCAGAUACUGGCAUAAAAAUCUAAGGAAUCUGUGAAUAAUGUUUGAUAAUUGAUUAAAAAAGAAUAAAGAGAUACCUUAUCCGCCUCACUUGAAUAUUUAUCAAA